UCGGUCGUCUCUUACACUUCUGAAACUUCCAGUAUUUUCUCGGCCAGGACAAUAUUCCUCCCCCCGCUCCUUUUUCUCGGGAAAGAGGGAAAUUCUCAGGGCUGGGAAGAUAAGAGAAAGAGCGCAAAUGACGAUCUCCUCGCGCCUUUUUGGCCUUCUCCGGACCUCGCUUUCGAGUUCGAUCCUCUUCCACGUUCCUGCGGUUUCCAUCCCGGUUUAAACGUAAAAGAAAAUUGAUGGCGAAGCUUGGGGGCCGAGCUUCUUUUUCUCUUUUCCUCGGUUACUUUUGGCUUCUUCAGUUGCGUAACGAUUGAUUGUUGAAGGCGAGGAGAGGAAAAUGGAAAAGAGAUUGGGGCGGCAAGGUAUUUGGUGUGUUGCCUUUUGAUUUGCAGGUGCGUGUUUUGCCUAGAGAAAGAUAAAAAGUUCUCUGGCGAAUUGGGUCAGAAGGAUUUUCCUUAGAAAGAAGCAGAGUGGAGUAGUGAGGGAAAAUUCAGGAAAAUGCCUUUGAUUCAGCGACGGAAAGCUGCAGAGGCUGAUAGAGCCCCCAGCUCCGAUGAGAAAAUUGCCCAGGACGUCAGGGAAGAUGAGGAUAGGAAGAAGAAGGAAUCACCGUCAAAUAAGAAGAAGAAAGCCGGCGAGAAGAACAAGUGGUCGUGCUUGGACAGUUGCUGCUGGUUCGUGGGUUGCGUUUGCACAGUUUGGUGGCUGCUGCUGUUCCUGUACAAUGCGAUGCCGUCCUCGUUCCCACAAUACGUGACUGAGGCGAUCACGGGGCCGCUACCGGACCCGCCGGGCGUGAAGUUGAAGAAGGAAGGGCUGACGGUGAAGCACCCUGUGGUGUUCGUGCCGGGGAUCGUGACAGGCGGGCUUGAGCUAUGGGAAGGGCAUGAGUGCUCGGAGGGGCUAUUUAGGAAGCGUUUGUGGGGCGGCACGUUCGGAGAAGUGUACAAAAGGCCUCUAUGCUGGGUAGAGCACAUGUCAUUGGACAACGAAACUGGAUUGGAUCCUCCUGGUAUAAGAGUCCGUCCAGUGACUGGACUUGUCGCUGCUGACUACUUCAUGCCUGGCUAUUUCGUCUGGGCGGUUCUGAUUGCUAACUUAGCUCGGAUAGGAUAUGAAGAGAAGAAUAUGUAUAUGGCUGCUUAUGAUUGGAGACUCUCAUUCCAAAACACUGAGGUGAGGGAUCAAACGCUGAGCCGGAUAAAAAGUCACAUAGAAAUGAUGGUGGCCACCAGUGGAGGUAAAAAAGCUGUUGUAAUCCCUCAUUCAAUGGGUGUUUUGUACUUUCUGCACUUCAUGAAAUGGGUUGAGGCGCCGGCUCCAAUGGGUGGAGGCGGUGGACCUGAUUGGUGUUCUAAGCAUAUAAAAGCAAUCAUGAACAUUGGUGGACCAUUUCUGGGAGUUCCAAAGGCUGUUGCUGGGCUUUUCUCCACCGAAGCAAAGGAUAUCGCAGUCGCCAGGACAAUUGCACCAGGUUUCCUGAGCAAUGAUAUAUUUCGUGUCCAAACUCUGCAGCGUGUAAUGAAGAUGAGCCGCACGUGGGACUCCACCAUGUCAAUGAUCCCGAAGGGUGGGGACACAAUUUGGGGUGGUCUUGAUUGGUCACCCGAGGAAGGAUAUCUUCCUAGCAAGGGAAGGCAAAGGAUGAAUGACUCACAGGUUUCGAGUGAAAGUGGCACCAACAAUUCCGGUUGUCCAGCAAGAGUUAAUUAUGGAAGGAUCAUAUCAUUUGGCAAAGAUGUGGCAGAGUCUCCGAGUUCUGAGAUUGAGAUGAUUGACUUUAGGGAUGCUGUUAAAGGCCAGAAUCUUGCCAAUACAACCUGCCGUGAUGUGUGGACCGAGUACCAUGACAUGGGAAUUGAGGGGGUCAGAGCUGUAGCUGAACAUAAAGUUUACACAGCGGAGACAGUUUUAGAUCUGCUCCAUUUUGUUGCUCCAAAGAUGAUGGCACGUGGUAGUGCUCAUUUUUCAUAUGGAAUUGCUGAUGAUUUGGAUGACCCAAAGUACAAGCACUACAAAUAUUGGUCGAACCCUUUGGAAACGAGAUUACCAAAUGCCUCAGACAUUGAAAUCUUCUCCUUGUACGGAGUUGGCAUACCCACUGAAAGAGCUUACAUUUACAAACUGUCUCCCUCUGCCGAAUGUUACAUUCCCUUUCAGAUUGAUACUUCAUUCGAAGGUGAAGAUGAAGAUAGCUGUCUGAAGGAUGGCGUGGACACUGUUGAUGGGGAUGAAACUGUGCCAGUGUUAAGUGCAGGGUUCAUGUGUGCUAAAGGUUGGCGUGGUAAGACCAGAUUCAAUCCCUCAGGAAUUCGCACGUACAAUAGGGAGUAUGAGCAUGCUCCUCCAGCAAAUUUAUUAGAGGGUCGGGGAACUCAAAGUGGCUCCCAUGUAGAUGUAAUGGGAAAUUUUGCAUUAAUAGAGGACAUUAUAAGGGUGGCCGCUGGAGCUACUGGAGAAGACUUGGGUGGUGAUCAAGUCUACUCUGACAUUUUUAAGUGGUCCGAGAAGAUCAAUUUAGCAUUAUAAAUUUACAUGGUAUGUAUGUUUUUAUUUUUAUUUUUAUUUGCAAGUUGUGAAUUUCUAGCACUUGGCAUCCUUUGACAAUGUCUGCAUCUUUGGUCUACCAAGUUGUACCUUGCCCACGAAGUUCGUUUGUGACGAACCCUCUCUUCAUUACUAGCGAAACCUAGACUUACAGGGUGUGAAUCGUCCCUGUACAAGCAA